UGUAUCGUGAUCCUUUAAAAAUUAUAAUGCAUGUAUUCAACGCAUUUACAUAACAUUACACAUGACUUAGUCGUUAGUCGGGCGGCUUGAUUUUGGAAACUAAUCUGUUGCGUAAAACCUCGUCGUUCUACUGUCCAGGAGAUAAGAGUCAGGAAAGUUCCACCGUCGUUUGUGGAUAAUAUGUACGUUGUUGUUAUAAUAUAAAUUGAACAGCAUAACUAAAUCUUACGAGCCCUCAAUGUAAUUUAAAUCUGAAAAGUAAAAAAUCUCAAUAAACCGUUUAAUCAAUUUUAAAGCAAUUUGUUCAAAGAGUAUCUCGUCAUUUAAUCAUGAAGUAGACGAUUUUAUAUUUGUAAUUUGACAAAUAAACUCUGGGGGUCGCUGCUCACUCACAGAUGUUAGAUCAACAUCUCCACCCACACCAUAGGAACAAUUAGAGUAUUAGAACAAGGGUUUAGCUGUAGCAGCGUCGUAACAUAUAUUUUUUGAACGCCUUCUGUUCGUCAGUGACAGGAAAACCACCGUGAUGAUGAAUAUUUUCUGGUUGAAAAUGGAUCUAAAAGGAAUAUCUCUGUUCGGUUUUGUCUGCGGUCUUGCUUUUUUUCUCCAAAUCGCCACUGCAGACCUCAGCUAUUCAGUUCCGGAGGAAAGUCGGCCCGGUUUCAUUGUUGGAAAUAUCGCCAAGGACCUGGGUCUGGAUGCAUCGAAUCUUUUCACCCGCAAGGCUCGUAUUGAUACUGAGGAAGUAAGCCAGCAUUACUGCGAAAUUGAUCUUAAAACGGGGAAUUUAGUCGUCAGGGCACGGGUCGACAGGGAGGAGCUGUGUGGGGACAAGAUAUCCUGCAUGGUUAAAUUCGAGUUGGUCCUAGAAAGCCCUCUGGAGCUUCACCGCAUUUCACUCCUCAUCCAGGAUGUAAAUGAUAACUCGCCUAUUUUCCCGAAGGAGACAGUUAACCUGGAAAUUAGAGAGUCAGCCGACAAAGGAGCGAAAUAUCGCGUAAGUGAAGCGCACGACGUGGACGUUGGUCAGAAUACAGUGAAAGACUACAUUUUGCAGUCAAAUGAACACUUUGUUUUAUCGAUUCGAGACAACAACGACGGUUCCAAGAGCGUAGAAUUGCUUUUAGACAAAGAGCUGGACCGUGAAAAGGAGCAUGAUUUGCAUUUAAUGUUGAUUGCAGUUGAUGGUGGUAAUCCACAGAGAUCUGGAACUGCUAAUAUACACGUAACUGUGCUGGAUGCUAAUGACAACGCACCGGUGUUUGACCAGGCCACCUACAAGGCCAGUAUACCUGAAAACGCUGCCGUUGAUACAGUUGUUAUUACAGUGAGUGCCAGUGACGCAGAUGAGGGAAUCAAUGGAGAAGUCACAUAUGAAUUUAGCCGUAUUUCAGAGAGAGCCAAGAAGAUUUUCUCACUUGAUACUAAAACUGGAGAAAUUAAAGUGAUAGGAUCUCUUGAUUAUGAGAGUAAUUCAAAAUAUGAAAUGCGCAUUGAUGCCAAAGAUGGUUAUGGACUUUCCUCUGACUCCAAACUGGUGAUUGAUAUCACUGAUGUUAAUGAUAAUGCUCCAGUUAUUUACAUGAAGUCCUUAAUGAACCCCAUACUUGAGAAUAUAUUUCCUGGUACAGAGGUAGGCAUUAUUAACGUUCAAGACCGAGAUUCUGACACAAACGGACAGAUCCAUUGCUCAGUCCAGCAAAAUGUUCCCUUUAAACUAGUUCCUUCCAUUAAAAACUAUUAUUCUCUGGUGACCACAGGACAACUGGACCGUGAACUAGUGUCUGAUUACAACAUUACAAUCAGUGCUACUGACGAGGGCUCUCCUCCUCUGUCCUCCUCUAAAACUGUUCACUUAUCUGUAGCUGACAUCAACGACAACCCACCUGUGUUUGAGGAACAGUCCUACAGCGCAUAUGUGACUGAAAAUAACAAACCUGGCUCCACUUUAUGUUCAGUUACUGCUCGAGACCCUGACUGGAGACAGAACGGUACAGUGAUUUAUUCUCUGUUACCUGGUGAAGUGAACGGUGCCUCAGUCUCCUCCUACCUGUCAGUUAACGGAGACACAGGUGUGAUCCACGCUGUGAGGUCAUUUGACUAUGAACAGUUUAAGAACUUUAAAGUCAACGUCAUGGCCAGAGACAACGGUUCUCCUCCACUGAGCAGCAACGUGACUGUCAGUGUAUUUAUAUCAGAUGUGAAUGACAACUCUCCUCAGAUAUUGUAUCCCUCCUCAGAUAGAAACUCCUUCAUGACUGAGUUAGUUCCUAAAGCUGCACACGGAGGUUCUCUGGUGUCCAAAGUGAUAGCAGUGGACGCAGACUCUGGACAGAACGCCUGGCUGUCCUAUCAAAUAGUUUCAUCUACUGAUCCAGGACUUUUCACUAUUGGUGUCCACAGUGGAGAGAUCAGGACACAGAGGGACAUUUCUGAAUCUGACAGCAUGAAACAGAACCUUGUUGUUGCAGUGAAAGAUAACGGACAGCCCCCUCUCUCUACCACCUGCUCCAUGUAUUUGAUUAUUUCUGAUAACUUGGCUGAAGUGACAGAACUGAAGGAA